UUUUCGUUUUGACAUUGACGUUUGCAUGACCAAUAACCAAGAAGAACAAUAUUUACUUCGAAUUUUUAGAAUACUGGAAAAUUAUUAGACAUAAUUACAUCAUACGUGUAUAUCGUUUUAUUGUAAUCGCAAUAUAAAACACUAUUAUGGGCAAUUGGAAACUCGAAGUCGGAAGGAUGGCGAUGUAUAUGUCUUUUCCCGUGAUGUUGUUCCACUUUUUCAACCAACCAACUUAUUUCGAAGAAUGGGUAACAAAUACUAAGCGACAAAUCUUCCCACCAGAAAGCAAAACAGAUCGGGAGGAUAUACAGCAGCUAAUCGCUGACAUGAGGAAGAAGCAAAUGCAAGCAUUUGAGAAGGAGUGAAGUUAACAUCUUAGGCUUAAUAUAAAUAUUAGACUGUAUUGUGCAUAUUAUAAAACGCCGCAAAGGUAAUUAAACACAUAAAUUUAAACAUAACAAAUGAUUUAUUAAAACUUCAGUCUUGUUUUA